AACACACUCAGCGCACAAGCAGUGCGUGGAUCACCUCCCACAUUCGAACGAUGAUUGCCUUGUGGAGAAUAGUCUUCUGGCUGGGGCUCGUAGCGACAUCAGCUGGUGAGAGUAAUUGGGCGGUGAUCAUCGCUGGAAGCAGAGGCUUCAUCAACUACCGCCAUCAAGCGGAUGUUUGCCACGCGUAUCAUGUCGUGCGUCGGAACGGCAUCCCGGCGGAAAACGUAAUUCUCAUGACCUACGGCGACGCGGUGGACAGCGUCGACAACCCGUUCCCAGGGCAGCUGUUCAACAAGCCGACGCCGGAUGGCGUUGCCGGAUACGACGUGAACCGAGCGUGCAGCCCAUCGUACACGGGGGAGGACGUGACCGCGGACAAUUUCCUGGCGGUUCUCAAGGGAGACAACAAGACCACAGAGGGGAAACCGGUUUUGCGGAGCACGAAAGAGGACCGAGUGUUCGUCUACUUCGCGGAUCACGGCGGGGUGGGGCUGGUGGCCAUGCCCGCUGGCGACCCGGUCUACGCCCAAGAUCUCAUCGAUGCCCUGCGGCACAUGUCCACGAACGGUAUGUACAAGGAGCUGGUGUUCUACAUGGAGGCGUGCGAGUCGGGUUCUAUGUUCGAGGGCCUCCUUCCCGAGGACGCCAACAUAUACGCCACGACCGCGGCUAACUCUCAAGAGAGCUCCUACGGGACGUACUGCGGCAUGGAGUCUUCUGUGAACGGGACGCUCAUCGGGUCUUGCCUCGGCGACUUGUACUCGGUGAACUUCCUCGAGAACAGCGACGAGCCCUCCAUGUUUCACACCGAGACGCUGGACUCCCAGUUCGCGUUGGUCAAGAACGAGACGUCCAAGAGCCACGCGCAGAAAUUUGGGACCCUUAGCAUGGGGACGGACCACAUCGAGUGGUUCCUGGGUGCUGUUGGGUUUCCCUCUGUUGAAGGAGGCGAGUUCGGAGAUCAAGCGGCGGCGGUUGCCCGCAUACCAACACCGAAGAACGGAGUUAACUCGAGGGACAUCAAGCUGCAUGAUCUUCGCUAUCAGCGCUCCCAACUAGCAGGCACCGGCAGGACGCGUGAAGCCGACAACUUGGACCGACAGAUCGCGGAGGAGAUGGCCAUGAGGUUUCACUCCGCAAAGGUUUUCGGGGAAAUCUCAACGAGGACGUCCGGUGGAGCCCCCGUACCGCCUCUCACCGGAGUUUUUACCGAGCACUCCUGCCUCAAGGCAGCUUCCACGGCCGUCAUUGCUAGCUGUGGUCCCUGGAACGACUUCAGCCUUACGUACGUCCGUUCUCUGGCGACGCUAUGCCAGGCGGGCUACCCCGCCUUGCAAAUCCAGGCCGCUGCAGAGGCGGUCUGCCGGGUAGAUGUGUAGAACUGCUCACACCACCAACAACGCUCCGGAUUUCGAGUUGAUUGUAUUUGAAUGUGGGGGUGACGGUGAAGCUCACAAUGCUUCUUGUAAAUAACACUGUAGACGUAUUUCAGGGUUAGCGCUACAAGCACUCUUUUGGUGCGCGUUGACUGCUUGGAAGCCUGUAAAAAAAAAGAAAAGAAAAAAAAUAGGUUCUCGCUAAGCCGUAGAUGAGCAUGCGCGUGAAUCGUGGUUGGGUUUUGGUAUGGUUUUGGUAUCGACAAGGGCUGUAGUAGAUAUUUUAAGGGUUGUGGCGAAGUAUCUGGUGUUGUUUUCGCCAACCGUUUGCAGACAGGCAAGCUUACCUAGUAUUCGAUGCAGUUCGUCGGUGCACAUUUUUGUGACACUUGUUAUUACGUGUUUGGGCAGUAAGCGCUCAGCAGCUUCUUGAGCAUGUAUGUGCAGAAUGAAAGAAUUCCGUUGACCAUGCACACGUUCUUCGUUCGCAGCGCUACCCACGUGGCUCGGCAGCGCACCGGAAAGUUAUGGUGUCGUGUUUUGUGAAUGUGUUGGGGUAGGAUCUACACCAAAGAGGGCGUGUUCGUUCUUUGUUGCAUAGUUUUUGCCUCCGUAGGUCAGGCGGUACGAAGCUAUAUUCUUGAGUAUAUCUUUUGUGUGGACGAAUUCAGCAUCACCAAUGAUGGCAGAACAACACAGGGCGAUAGGGAUGCAUGGGCAUGCAUGGCGUGCUGUUUUAUUUCUGACGAGGCAAGCGAUGGGCGUGAAAGCAGC